AUGGAUGCAUACUCGUGGUUUCGACGCAGCAUUUCAAAGCUCAAAAAUACCUCUUUGCCCUCCAUCGACACCCAUAAGUCCCAAGAACUAAUCAAAGAAGAAGAGUCGCAAUUUUAUGGAAUCACGGAUCAAUUGAUAGAAUUCGUCAAAUCUUUAUCUAUUGAGACCUUCAAGAAUUUCUCUCUUCCUGAUGAAGGAGCUGAUGGUGGUGGAAAUGAUGGAAAUGUACGGCAGGAUCUCUCUGAUUGGCAAGAAAAACAUGCUAUUCUUGUUCUCUCCAAAGUCAAGGAACUGUCACAACUACGGUUCAGAUUAUGCCCUCACUAUUUGAAGGAGAGAGAGUUUUGGACAAUAUAUUUUUCACUUGCCAGGAGUUACAUAAUUGAAUAUGAGCUUCGUGCUGUUCGCCUAGAAAAACUGAAAAAUAUUAGCACGGAGAAUGGAACUGUCUCUAAUACUAGUGCAUAUGAAAUGGCCCUCAAAGCUGAUAUUGAUGAAGAGUCAGAAAAUUUGGCAGCUACCGAUGGCGAGAAAAAAUGA